AAAAACAUGAAUGAAAGUGGAAUGAGAGAGAAAAAGAAAGAGAGAGAGGUUGUUCAACUCUGACAAAACCACCACCACAGCCGACGCCUCGUGCCACCCUCCUCCUCCGCCCCUUAGCCCACAAAACUGUCUCGCUUUUUCCUGCGCUUUAUGGUUGUUUUGGGAAAAAUAUAGUGUUUUGUUUUGAGUAGGUCGGUGAAGACAAUAAAGUGCCAGUUGUGGAUUGUGCUUUUUUUUUUUUUCCCCUCUCUACGGUCGCUGUAGAGAACACAAUCUAUUACGCUGAGACCCUGUCCGUUUGUGGGAACUUUGUAUGUUCAGAAAACCCGUACCCCUCUGUUUUUAAUAUGCAUAGUAAAGCAGGUGGCAAUCUUUCUUCAACUUCACUCUCUACUGUUCCAAUCUAAACUUAAUGCUGAAGGAAGAUAAAGUGUUUGUUGAAAAUCCUGUGAGAUUUGGUCUUUGUUUUUUUCUAAGAGGAGAUUUGGGUUUUUUAUUUUCGGAUCAUCUGGGAUUCAGGAGACCGUUCUGGGCAUGAACCAGGUUUCAGUGGCCCUUGUUUUCGAUUUUGUGUAGAUUUUAAAGACCCAGUGAAGGACACGUUGAGCUCAUACAUAUCCCCAUAUCUGAAACACUUGCAUGCUGUAGCAACCCCCAAGACCAAUAAUAUAUAUAUAUAUAGGAAACUCAAUUCAAUAGCAAUCAAACCCAAUAUAAAGAUUGAAUUUUUGGGGUGAAAGGAGAAAGAGACGAUGCAGAGUGAGAGAGGGGAUGGUGGAGGGAGUGAAGAGAUGAGGCAGAAUCAGAGGUUGAAGCCACUUAGAGGAGAUCAACAACAACAGCCUCCCCCACAACCUCAAAAAUGUCUUCGCUGCGAGUCCUUGAAUACAAAAUUCUGUUACUACAACAAUUACAGUCUCUCACAGCCUCGUUACUUCUGCAAGACUUGUAAAAGGUACUGGACUCAGGGUGGAACCCUGAGAAAUGUGCCCGUAGGAGGCGGUUGCAGGAAGGGAAAACGCACAAAAACAACGUCAUCUGGUGAGAAUUCCAGCUCUCAGCCUAAUCAGCCACAUCCACCUCAGAAUUUCACAGCCCCACAAUCUAUGUUCACCACCAAUUCAACUGUUAGUACUAGUCCUGCUGUUAUGAGGACUAAAGAAUCUGGUGUGCCUUCAAUGGGAUCAUAUUAUCCAGGAGGUGGGUUCUUGUCUUCUUUAGCAGCAAUUCAGUCUCUCCAACCUCCGCAGCCUUUUAAUCAGACUGUGGGUCUUGGUGGUGGUGGUGAUUUGGGUGCUUCUUCAAAUUUGGGUCUGCUGCAGGGUUUCAAUGUCAAUGUCAAUGUGCCUUCUUUUGGGUCAAACCAGCAAAUUAAUCAGCAGAGGCAGUUUUAUCAAAUGGGUGCUGAUAGAGAUGAGAGUACUUUAGGUCUCAUGUAUCCAUCUGAUCAACAGGAGAGCUUGAUGAUGCUAUCAAGCAGGCCUGCUGCUUCAAGCUCUUCUCAGCACAACUGGCACCAGAUCAUCAACAAUACUAAUACUAUUGUCUCUGAUACAACUUUGUGGAGCACUGUAAGUUCCAGCACUGGAGGCAACAGUAAUACCACUGCUGGAAGCUCCAGUGCUUCUUUAAAUCCCAAUCAGUGGCCUCAUAUGCCAGGUUAUGGUGCUGCACCAUAAUCUUUCUUCUUUAACCUCCCAGCAUAGCAUGACUCCAUGAAAAUUUUUUGGCUUUAUGUACAAAACAAAACAUUAAAUAAUUUCAAAUCUUUUUUUUCUCCCUUUUGAUGGUUUCAAAGUGUUUUUCUUUACUUGUUUUCAUGGGUUGGGGGGAGACGGUACAGUUCAUGUAAAAAUGGACAGAUUGCUAUACAGUCUUUGUGCUCAGAUGUAGAGAUCAUGGCUUCCUGGGUUAUGCUUAAGUUGUUUGAAUUUUUUAGCUACGCUCUAUAUGUAGUGAGCUCUGGUUUGAUUGCCUUUAUUUCUGCUUCUAUUGGGUGAAAGUGCAGAUAUCUUUUUUGUUAAUUAGGGUUUUUGAGAGCCAAAAAGGAAGGAUAGAGAGAAAGAGGCAAAGAGUGCAUGUUAUGGUGGAGCUGAUGUGUUUUGUCAAAGUUGUUGGAGAAGAUGGUUUCGUUCUGGUGC